ACACUAAACCUGCUUUUCCGGUUUGUGUGGCUCUGAAUGGAUGUGUUAGUUGCCUGAGAUUUACGGUUUGUGGUGGAAGACGACCACUACGCCUGGAUUUGGGCAACUGGGGAAGACGGUGGCUGAAGGAUAUUAACGAUUAGUUCAAGAGGUUGCGGGAAUUGUCAGGUUAUGGAGUUUCCUCAGCAUUCCCAGCAGCUGCUGUCAGCUCUGCGCUCCCAGCGUCAGCGCGGCUUCCUUUGCGACUGCACCGUCCUGGUGGGCUCAUCCCGUUUCCUGGCUCAUCGAGCUGUUCUGGCCUCCUGCUCGCCUUUUUUCCACAUGUUUUACUCGGAUUCACUCCGCAGCGCUGGCGCAAGUGCUUCCAGCAGCUCUGUUACACUUGACAGCGAUAUUGUCACGGCGGCCGCAUUCAGCCUGCUCCUUGACUUUGUUUAUGAAGGGGUGCUGCAGCUGGAGAAGUCGCCACCACUGGAGGACGUAUUGGCAGCGGCGAGCUUCCUUCACAUGAACGAGGUGGUGAGGGUGUGUAAAAGAAGGCUGCAGAGCCGAGGGCCCUUGGCUGAGGCGGAUAGCACUCGCUCUGAGGAGAACACUGGGGCCAGGAAAGUAACAGAGACAAGGAGGCAGGAUUGUGGGGAUGCUGGCCCUGAGCCUGUGGUAACCAUGGCAGCAGAUCACUUGAUUCCCAUUGCCAUGACAACAACCGUCACGCCAGUUCCCCUCAUGGCAGGACAGCGUAUGUCGGAGUCUGUCAAGUCUGAGUACAGGAUUGAUGUGGGCUCACCAGAGGUACGAGCUCAGACUCCCCUGAGUCCUGAUCUCGCUGACACCACGCAGCCUGGCAUGGGUGGCCCUCAUCUGCUACCCUGUGGAGAACUGGCGCAGGGACCCGCUCUGGGUCAUUCUAUGCAGGAGUCGGGAGGCCCCAACAGGUUGAGAACUGGCAGUCAGGGUGAAGGCUCAGCUCUCUCCAGCCCAUGCAGCACCACUGAGACAUACAGCAGCAAUCAGCAGCCUUCCUCAUCUACCCUUGUCUUGGACAUCGAGGCUGGCUGUCCGUCAGCGGUUGCUCCUUCCUCACCCGAAUCCAACAACUCACCAGAUCUUCAGCGGGCCCGUGAGAAAGAAAUUCGAACAGAAUCUUUCGUGUGUGAUGAUGACAGAUGUACGGCCAAGGUGGCACGAACACAAAACGAGUCGUCACUUCCGUACUCACGUCCCCAAAUUCAAAUCCAGUGCGCCGUCUCAUUGCAACGUGGAGGCCAGCACCCCCACCUCUCGGCGCCUCAGACUCUUGAAAACAUAGCUGCCAUCGAAAUGGAGUCUGGUGGAAGAGCAUAUUCCCCUAUAGUCUUAGGAACUGAGGACAAUAAUGGUGACAAUGCACAAGUCAAAGUGGAGGCCAUUGUUAUUUCUGAUGAGGAGCAGGACGAGGAAAAAGAGAACUGCAAAGAAAGCGAGCCGGUGAUGGACGACGACUUUGACAUUCCGGAUGAGGAGCUGAACACACACACCUCCCGCCAAAUGACGUCCGACUACGCCUCCCCUCACUCCCCUUCAUCGUCGUCUUCGUUGGCCGCUUCAUUACUCCCUCCACCGUCCACGACACAGCAACACUCGGACCACUCUGCCUUUUUAACAGACUUUCAGGACACCAUGGGGGGCAUCGUGGAGGAUGUCCCGACGUGCUGCGUCUGUGGCAAAACCUUCUCGUGCACAUACACGCUAAGGCGUCACGCCAUCGUGCACACAAGGGAGCGCCCCUACGAGUGCCGCUUCUGCUACCGUAGUUAUACCCAGUCCGGAGAUCUCUAUCGACACAUUCGCAAGGCUCACGACCAAACACUGCCACCCAAACGCAGCAAGACUGAUAUGGAGCACAUGCCAAUGCCACAACCGCCACCACCCCCGCUGAGCUAGCAGGCAGUUGUUGAGUUUUUAUACCACUUGUACUAUAAACUGUCCUGGGGAGCUGGAGUCUAUCCCAGCUGACAUGGAGUGAGAGGCAGGGUAAAACCCGGGACUGGUCACAAGUCAAGCACAGGACACAUUUAGAGACAGACAACCUUUCACACUCAUUUGCACUGUCCCUGAGUGGCAACUGAACUCACACUGCCAGCCAACCGCUUCACCAUCACUGACUCAGCUAACAAACAGACCUUCCAAAUUAAGGCUGAAGAUUUUGGAAAAUAAUCAAAUUGCAAAGGUUUCUUUUUGCAAUAUGCAAAAUUAUAAUACGCAAUUGUUUUUUCAAUGUUCUUUCCCCAUGUGUUUUUUAAUUAACACAUACAAUAAUCUAUAUUAGCGGAACAAUGAAUGAUAUAAAUUUAUAAUACGGUACAUUAAUCUUUUGGUGUUAGAUUCGGCUUACAUACUGUACAGACAAAUGAAAUAUGAAUUGAUACGAAAGACAGGUGCUUGGAAUAACAACCAACAUCUCCAUGCAGAAGAACCCGUUACUGCUUAGAUCUUACACAGGACCCUCAAACUCGCAGGCACAGGACCUGAGUUCAAAGGAAAUAUCACCGAGGUGGGUAAGGAAUUUUUUUUUUUUCUACCGACCAACCGAAAAUAAGCAGAGGUUUUUUUUUUUACCCUUCAAAAUUAAUUACAUCCUUUGUUAUGUGAAAUUUGCACUCAACUACAUUGUGAUGUUGUUUAUAAUUUGAUUAUUUGUUCAGCCCUUCUCCAAAUUAGUAACCAAGUCAAAUGAACCCCGAAAUCCAUUUUGUGUCUAAGAUCUGAUCGGAGUUACCAAGGGCAAAAAAAAUUAA